AUGAAGCAGACCGACCAGCCGACAGAAGCCUUCCCCCACAAGGCAGGCUGGGCUCAUACCACCGCGCUUGUGAACUCGCUAGACGGUCUAGUACUACACAGUACAUCGUCAGGUCAUCGUGGUGACGAUCUAGGCAAUGUUGCCGCUGAUUUUCAUUUGACGGGUCGAUUGUCGGAAGGUGGCCAACAAGUAAGUAUUAUUAGUAGCAAUGCGAGAAAGCAAAGUGGUCUGUCUGCACCUGUGCAUCGUAACAUCGGAUCGAGACAGACAAUGGCCCAUGCACGAGAACCAUGCAGGAGUAGCAAAGCCCCGCCAACAUGA